AUGUUUAUGGGUGUAUCAUUAUCCACAUCCCUACCGUCCCCAUCCCCAUCAUCAUCACCAUCAUCACCACCAUCACCCCCAUCAUCCCCAUCCUCAUCAAAACCAUCAUCAUCCUCACCACCAUCACCAUCCCCAUCCUCAUCAAAACCAUCAUCAUCCCCGUCAUCACUGUCCUCAUCAACACCAUC